CACUCAAUCCUCUUUGUUGUUCUCUUUCUCUGCUUUGAUCAAGCCAUGUCCAUGGCAAUUCCAGGAAAGGCAAAGCCGAAGCUACAGCCUACCCUGGUGUGGGUAACAACAACCAAUUCCCGAGGGCAGAUAAAAACUACCCAAACCAGAUUUACUAAAAAGUUUAGCGCCUCGAGAAGCCCAUUGUCUGAACCAAAGAUUGGAAUUGUGGGCAUGGGUCAUAUCACUGGGAACAUCGGAGAGGUGAGAAACUACGCUACAGUUACGGUUAGAAGUGGGGCUAACUGGUUGGGCGACGUCAAC